AUGCGCUGGCUUCCCCUCUUUGCCCUCGUCGCGGCCGAUAUCUGGUCUGCAGUGACAGCCAAGCCUCUUCUGCCAACGGAGGACCCUUGGUAUGACCAGCCAGCUAAUAUUGACACCUAUGCACCGGGGCAGACAAUCCGAACUCGCGAGCUAUCGAGCCAGUUGUCACCCUUCCUCCCCCUCCCAGUCGAUGUGAAGGUUGAAUCUGUGCAUCAGUAUCUAUUCCGGACCACGGACAGCUUGGGAAACCCAAUCGCCGCCGUAAACACCUUGAUUAAGCCCCGUAAUGCGGACCCGUCAAAGCUCCUUGCGUACGCGCUAUACUACGACUCGUCAAACCCAGCCUGCGAGCCCUCUUAUACCCUUCAGCCAGACUCGGGCUCUGGGCUUGCGGGAAUUCUCUCUGCUAACAACACUCUGUCGACCGAUACCGCGUUUUUGGCCGCCUCUCUGAACCAAGGAUGGUGGGUCGUGACCACAGAUUACGAAGGAGUGAACGCCCACUUUUCGGCCGGUGUGAUCUCCGGUCAAGCGACUUUGGACGGUGUUCGUGGAGCUCUAAUUGAAGCCCCUAAACUCGGUCUGUCAAAGGACGCUCGCUACGCCAUGUGGGGAUACUCUGGCGGUUCGAUCGCCGUCAACUACGCCGCAGAGUUGCAGCCGACAUACGCACCAGAGCUGAACUUCGCCGGUGCUGCCGCGGGAGGCAACAUCGCCAAUCUCAGCUCUACUCUCCAAAGAGUCACUGGCGGUCCAUUUGCUGGACUUGCCUUCGGCUCUAUUGAUGGCCUGUCCAAGGCUUAUCCCAAUGUUUCCGAAUGGCUCGACAGAUCCCUUGUGCCCGAAAAGCGAGCGGACUUCAAGAAAGUUGCCAGCAGCUGCCUGAUCGGCGAGGCUACUCAGGGAUUCCUUAAGGAUGUCUAUUCAUAUUUCGUGAACGGCAAGGAGUCUUUCAACGAGGACGUUCCUCAGAGCGUGAUGCGCCUGGCUGGACAGAUGGGUGUGCACGGAACUCCCAAGAUCCCCAUGUACAUCUACAAGCCGGUUCAUGAUGAGAUCAGCCCCGGGGCAGACACCGAUGAGCUGGUCGACACCUACUGCAGCGAUGGCGCCACUGUGGAAUACAUCCGGGAUCUGGUCGGUGGGCAUGGUAGCUUAUGGAUCACUGGAUCUGCUAAUGCUAUGGGAUGGAUCGCUGAUCGUCUUGACGGGAAGGAGGUCUCCCAUCCGGGAUCGUGCACGAAGAAGGAUGUGCUUCUCUCGGAUCUCAACCCUCAUAUGCUGCCCUUCUUUGGAGAGGAGUUGUGGUCUACGCUGAAAUGGACUUUGGGUGGUUUCUUGGGACCUCGGUGA